UUUCCUCUCCCUCGCCUGACGCAGCAGGGGCACCAAGCCCGGACUCUCCAGGUUCCUUCCAGACCUCAGCUCUCCCCACAGCAGGAUGCCCUGCCACCAGCGGCCCUGGACCACCUUGCAGACGCCAUUGCUCGCCCUGUGUCUGCUGCUUUCAGGCACCCUCCUGACCCCCACAUGGGGGCAGACCAAGGUUCCUCUGGAAACAGUGAAGCUGUGGGCUGACGCCUUUGGCAGGGACCUGUAUCAUGCUGUGACCAAAUACUCGGGCUCCCUCCUGCUGCAGAAGCAAUACAAGGAUGUGGAGCCCAGCCUGGGGAUCCAGGAGGUGGACGGCUUGGAGCUGGUGAGGAAGUUCUCAGAGGACAUGGAGACCAUGCUGCGCAGAAAAGUGGAGGCCGUCAAGAGUCUGGUCGAGGCCGCUGAGGAGGCUGACCUGAAGCAUGAAUUCAACAAAUCCCUGGUGUUUGACUAUUACAACUCGGUCCUGAUCAAUGAGAAGGAUGAGAACGGCAACUACGUGGAGCUGGGGGCCGAGUUUGUCCUCGAGUCCAACGAGCACUUCGGCAACCUGAGGGUGAACACCUCUGUCAGCAGCGUGCAACUCCCCACCAACGUGUACAACAAAGACCCAGAUAUUUUAAAUGGAGUCUACAUGUCUGAGGCCUUGAACGCUGUUUUUGUGGAGAAUUUCCAGAGAGACCCGACACUGACCUGGCAGUAUUUCGGCAGUUCCACUGGGUUCUUCAGGAUCUAUCCAGGCAUCAAAUGGACACCAGAUGAGAAUGGGGUCAUUGCCUUCGACUGCCGAAAUCGAGGCUGGUACAUUCAAGCCGCCACUUCUCCCAAGGACAUCGUGAUCCUGGUAGACACCAGUGGCAGCAUGAAGGGGCUGCGGGCGACGAUUGCCAAGCAUACUAUCUCCACCAUCUUGGAUACCCUGGGAGAGAAUGACUUUGUCAAUAUCAUUGCGUACAACGACUACAUCCACUACGUUGAGCCUUGUUUCAAAGGGACUCUGGUCCAGGCAGACCGAGACAACCGAGAGCACUUCAAACAACUGGUGGAUGAGCUGAUGGUCAAAGGUGUGGGGAUCGUGAACCAAGCCCUGAGUGAAGCCUUUGAGAUCUUGAAGCAGUUCCAGGAGGCCAGGCGAGGGAGCCUCUGCAGCCAGGCCAUCAUGCUGAUCACCGACGGGGCCGUGGAGGACUAUGAGCCGGUGUUGGAGAAGUACAACUGGCCAGACCGCAAGGUCCGAGUGUUCACUUACCUUAUUGGGAGAGAAGUGACUUUCGCUGACCGUCUGAAGUGGAUCGCAUGCAACAACAAAGGCUACUACACACAGAUCUCCACGCUGGCUGACACCCAGGAGAACGUGAUGGAGUACCUGCACGUGCUCAGCCGCCCCAUGGUCAUCAACCACGACCAUGACGUCAUCUGGACAGAAGCCUACAUGGACAGCAAGCUCUUCACCUCACAGACCCAGAGCCGGAUGCUCCUCACCACUGUGGCCAUGCCUGUCUUCAGCAAAAAGAAUGAGACGCGAUCGCACGGCAUUCUCCUGGGCGUGGUGGGCUCCGACGUGGCCCUCAGAGAGCUGAUGAAGCUGGCCCCCAGGUACAAGCUCGGGGUGCAUGGAUAUGCCUUUUUGAACACAAACAAUGGCUACAUCCUCUCACAUCCUGACCUCCGACCCCUGUAUAGAGAGGGGAAGAAGCUGAAGCCCAAACCUAACUACAACAGCGUGGAUCUCUCCGAAGUGGAGUGGGAGGACCGAGCUGAGAUCCUGAGAACAGCCAUGAUAAACAGGGAGACGGGUUCUCUCUCCCUGGACGUGAAGGUUCCGCUGGACAAUGGGAAAAGAGUUCUUUUCUUGACCAAUGAUUACUUCUUCACAGACAUCAGUGACACCCCGUUCAGUUUGGGGGUGGUGCUGUCCCGCGGCCACGGAGAAUACAUCCUCCUGGGGAACACCUCUGUGGAAGAAGGUCUCCACGAUUUGCUUCAUCCGGACCUGACUCUGGCGAAUGACUGGACCUACUGCGUCACGGAUAUAGACCCAGACCACCGGAAGCUCAGCCAGCUGGAGGCCAUCGUCCGCUUCCUGAAGGGGCAGGACCCAGCUCUGGAGUGUGACCAGGAGCUGGUGCGGGAGGUGCUGUUCGACGCGGUGGUGACGGCCCCCAUGGAAGCGUACUGGACAGCGCUAGCUCUCAACAUCUCUGAGGAGUCUGAGCCGGCAGUGGACAUGGCCUUCCUCGGCACCCGGGCCGGCCUUCUCAGGAGCAGCUUGUUCGUGGGCUCUGAGAAAUUCUCCGACAAGCAGUUCCUGACCCCUGUGGACGAUGCCAGCGUGUUCACCAUGGACCACUUCCCUCUGUGGUACCGCCAGGCCUCCGAGCAACCACCUGGCAGUUUUGUCUUCAAUCUCCGCUCGGCAGAGGAAUCAGGUCUGGGGGAGCCCGUGGCUGUCACGGCGAGCACAGCGGUGGCCGUGACGGUGGAUGAGAAGACAGCCAUCGCCGCAGCGGUGGGCAUCCACAUGAGACUGGAGUUCCUGAGACACACGUUCUGGGCAGUGACACAGCAGUGCAGCACUUCCGGGGGGCCAUGCCCAGCCAGCUGCCAGGAUGGCGACCUGGCCUGCUUUGUCAUCGACCACAAUGGGUUCAUUCUGAUCUCGGAGAGGCCGCAGGAGAUGGGAAGAUUUCUGGGGGAGGUGGACGGUGCCCUCGUGACCCAGCUGCUCAGGAUGGGGGUGUUCAGCCAGGUGACCAUGUAUGACCACCAGGCCAUGUGCGAGCCCGCGGACCCCCACCCCAGCGCCGCGCGGCCCCUGGGCAGCCCGCUCUCUGCCCUCGUGACUGCGGCCAGGUGGCUGGGGACCGAGCUCUUGCUGUUCCUGCUGGAGUGGAGCUCCUGGGGGUCCUGGCACGCAGGCGGCGGGGCAGACGCCAAAGCUGUCUUCCAUCACUCCCACAAGCACAAGAAGCAGGACCAACUGCAGCCCUGCGACACGGAGUACCCCGUGUUCCUGCACCAGGCGGCCAUCCAGGAGACCAACGGGAUCAUCGAGUGUGGAGCCUGCAGGAAAAUGUUCAUGAUGCAACAGAUUCCUAAGAGUAACCUUCUCCUCCUGGUGACGGACUCCACCUGCGACUGCAGCGUUUUCCCACCUGUCCUGCAGGAGGCUACAGAAGUCAAAUAUAACGCGUCUGUCAAGUGUGACAGGAUGCGCUCCCAGAAGCUCCGCCGGAGACCAGAUUCCUGCCACGCCUUCCACGCAGAGGAGAAUGCCCAGGACUGCGGUGGCGCCUCAGAUACCUCAGCCUCGCUCCCUCUGCUCCUGCUGCCCCUGUGCACCUGGGCGCUACCCUCCUAGAUGCUGUGGC